AUGCUUCUCACUAGAAUAUCACCGUCAACAACAACAGGCAAUUCUAAUACUAUUAUAACCAAUAACAGUAUAAAGACAACCAAAAAAGUACUUCAGUCACCGUUUUGGUUUGGUGGAGCUGCCUCAUGCAUCGCAACCCUAGUGUCUCAUCCCUUUGAUCUCACCAAGGUCAGACUUCAAACACUUCGUCUAGAUACAAAUAAGAGUAUUUGGUCCGAGAUUCAGUUACUGAGUCCAAUUCGAAUGGUCAAGACGAUGUGGACUAUUAGUCGUCAAGAAGGUGUAUUAGCCUUGUAUGGUGGACUAUCAGCCAGUUUAUUAAGACAGGGAACAUAUUCUACCAUUCGGUUUGGUUUAUACGAUAAAUUUAAAUACGCGGUGGCUGGUGAUGCGAAACCCACCAUGAGGCAAUUGUUAUUUUGUUCAACUAUGGCAGGUGUCUUGGGAGGAGCAUUUGGUAAUCCAAGCGAUGUGGUGAAUGUACGUAUGCAGAAUGAUGGACAAUUACCGCCCAAUAAGAGAAGAAAUUACAAAAAUGUGAUCGACGGUAUGGUCAGGAUAUGUCGAGAAGAGGGGCCUCAGGCGUUAUUCCGGGGUUUAGGUUCAAGCACGAACCGAGCCGUGUUGAUUACAGUAUCUCAGAUGACAAGUUAUGAUGUAUUCAAACAGAUGUGUAUAGAUCAACUCGAUCUUCAAAAUGGAUUAACGACUCAUUUCGUAUCUAGCUUAUUAGCUGGCUUAGUAGCAACCACUGUAUGCUCUCCAUUAGAUGUAGUCAAGACUAGAAUUAUGAAUGCACAUGGUAAAGAUGAUAUACGCCGACCAUUAAAGAUGAUGAAAUACAUGGUUCAGCAUGAAGGGGUUGGCUCACUCUUUCGUGGAUGGAUGCCAGCAUUUAUUAGAUUAGGACCUCAUACCAUUGUCACAUUUAUCGUCUUGGAACAGCUCAAAGAUUGGCACAGACAAUAUCAUCAAGAUUAA